GAAUGUUAGGAGGAGUGAAUCAUAGAUAGUAAAGGGGGUGAAUACGAAGGUAAAGAUAAAUGUACUAAACGAAAUACAAUAUGAAUAGGGGUGCUAGACUAGUCCACAAGGCGCAGUUUCUGCUGUUGCAUUAAGUAUUACUUUGUUCAGCGAAUUAGGUGGACUUUCAGGACAGCCCUAGACAACGUUAGCUCGGUUAGCUAGCUGUUAAGAACCAGUGUUAUUAUUUACAUAUCAAAUCAUUGAUUUCAUUGACCUUUCGGAUUUUUGUUAACUAUAAUGGAUACAUACCCCAGUGCCUCCGAUCAGUGCGUCGACUCCACGAAACAGCAAGAGCGUCAUUACUACCUGCUGUCCGAACUCCAGAGCCUUGUCAAAGACCUCCCGAGCUCCUUCCAGCAGCGUCUGUCCUACACCACGCUGAGUGAUCUGGCUCUUGCGCUCAUCGACGGCGCUGUGUACGAGAUCGUCCAGGGCCUGCUCGACAUCCAGCACCUGACGGAGAAGAAUCUCUUCAACCAGAGACAGAAGCUGCACACAGAGCACAGAAUACUCAAACAGGAUUUGACACGAAAGCACAAGCAAGCACUGCAGGUCUGCAAGUCUCACAACCUGGCCCUCCUGAAAGCAACCCAGCGGACAGAGACGGAGGCUCUGGAACUGCGUGUGAGGGAGGAGCAAAGGAUGAUGGACGAGAAGAUCAUCGCUGAGAUCGACCAGAAGGUCUUGGACCAGCAGAACACGCUGGAGAAGGCUGGUGUGCCCGGCUUCUACAUCACCAACAACCCACAGGAAGUGACCAUCCAGAUGAACCUGCUGGAGUUGGUCCUGAAGCUCCAGCAGAAGGAGACGCAGUCAGGAACUCUGCCCUGAGUUUGUUAACUCUGCCCUGAGUACAUUAACUCUGCCCUGAGUACAUUAACUCUGCCCCGAGUUUGUUAACUCUGCCCUGAGUACAUUAACUCUGCCCCGAGUUCGUUAACUCUGCCCUGAGUACCUGACUACGUUAACUCUGCCCUGAGAGCUUUCUCUGUUUACUUUAAUUUUGCUCUGAGAGCUUUCUCUGUGUACAUUAGUGGGAUUUUAUCCAUAAUAGAUGAACAUGUCUCUACUGAAUCUGUAUGAUUCACGUGCGUACUCAUCUGAUUGGUCCAAAGAUCACUCUGUCCUACUGACUAUCAGAAGAACAGCGGGCACUACAAAGGACACCAGGACAAUGGCAUUCAAAUGGGCUGUCAGGCAGGAUGGCCUCCAUUCCCAGCACAGACCGCUGCUGUCCGUCAGCCAUCGUGCACUGAGGCUUGGGCUCCCUCUUCUUUUCUCUCUAUCUCUCUCCCUCUCUCCCUCUUUCUCUCUAUCUCUCUCUCUCUCUCCCUCCCUCCUCCUCAGUGCUGUAGAGGAGUGAUUAGCCAGUGCACCAGGGAUGUGGUGCAAUACUUCAGAUUUUCUGUUUGUUUAUUUUAUGUAUGUAUUUGUUUAUGUUUAUUAGCCAGUGCACCAGGGAUGCACCACAUCAGGCCUGGUCAGUGCCUGUGACUAUUUAUUUUGGAUCGUUGAAGUAAAACAGACACUGUAAAAGUUUGCUGCAAUACUUCAGAUUUUCUAUUUGCUUAUUUUAUGUAUUUUAUGUUUUAUACCUUUUUUUGUUUUCUCUUGAGAUGCCUACCGAGUGAAAUUACUGGAUAUGUUUUUGUUUUGUUGGUUAACAUGUUUGGAAGGACAUCCUUUUCCUCACAGCGUGUUCAUGACCAUUGUAAUAAGGACCUUAAGAUGUCUUUCAGUUGCUGAGCCAAAUAAACAUUAAGGCAAAACUCCACUUGGGUUUGAUAAUAAAUGAGUAACAAUAUGAUCUCCA